CUGGGGGCUCGAGAACCAAGCGGAGCUGGUUGAGCCUUCAAAGUCCUAAAACGCGCGGUCGUGGGUUCGGGGUUUAUUGAUUGAAUUCCGCCGGCGCGGGAGCCUCUGCAGAGAGAGAGCGCGAGAGAUGGAAAUGGACAAACGGAUUCAUUUAGAGCUGCGGAACAGGACGCCCUCUGAUGUGAAAGAACUCGUCCUGGACAACUGUCGGUCAAAUGAUGGCAAAAUUGAAGGCCUCACAGAUGAAUUUGAAGAACUGGAAUUCUUAAGUACAAUCAACGUUGGCCUCACCUCAGUUGCGAACUUACCAAAGUUAAACAAACUCAAGAAGCUUGAACUAAGCGAUAACAGAAUCUCAGGGGGCCUGGAAGUAUUGGCAGAAAAGUGUCCGAACCUUACGCAUCUAAAUUUAAGUGGCAACAAAAUUAAAGACCUCAGCACAAUAGAGCCCCUGAAGAAGUUAGAGAACCUCAAGAGCUUAGACCUUUUCAACUGCGAGGUGACCAACCUGAACGACUACCGAGAAAACGUGUUCAAGCUCCUCCCGCAGCUCACGUACCUCGACGGCUAUGACCGGGACGACAAGGAGGCCCCUGACUCCGACGCCGAGGGCUAUGUGGAGGGCCUGGAUGAUGACGAGGAGGAUGAGGACGAGGAAGAAUAUGACGAAGACGCUCAGGUAGUGGAAGAUGAGGAGGAUGAAGAUGAGGAGGAGGAAGGGGAAGAGGAGGACGUGAGUGGAGAGGAGGAGGAGGAUGAAGAAGGUUACAACGAUGGGGAAGUCGAUGAUGAGGAAGACGAAGAAGAUGCCGGUGAAGAAGAACAGGGUCAGAAGCGAAAACGAGAACCCGAAGAUGAGGGAGAAGACGAUGAUUAAGUGGAAUCACCUAUUUUGAAAAAAAUUCCUAUUGUGAUUUGACUGUUUUUACCCGUAUCCCCUCCCCCCUCCAAAUCCUGCCCCCCGAAACUUAUUUUUUUCUGAUUGUAAUGUUGCUGUGGGAACGAGAGGGGAAAAGUGUACUGGGGGUUGCGGGGGGAGGGAGGGUGGGAGGGGGUGGAAUAAAAUACUAUUUUUACUGCCACUCUUAUUUUUUUUUUCCCCCUCCUUUUUCUUUGUGUCUGAUUUUUGUCCCUGUAAAUGCAAAAUAGCUGAGUACACGCCAAGUGAGCAUUUGUCCUUCACUCUCAAAGAGGAUGGCUUGCGGGUCUCUUGUAUUUCCUGGUAUGUCCCAUGUCCCUGGAAGUGGCUGGAAGGCCAGGGCUGGCCUCAGUCUGGUUACUCAAAGCCCAGGAGGGGCUGAGCACCAGCCCCUUUAACUCUUGCUUUGAUUCACAUGAUUUCUGUUUCUCUCGGCCUGCUAGAGGCAUCCGACGCCCUGGUUUGUAAAUAGCGACCUAAAGGUGUGUUUUGGCACCGCUCUGGGGACGUUCCCCGUCUCUCAUCCCUUUCCCCUUCACGGAUGGUGGUGGGCUUCGCUCUACAGAGAGGAUUCCGAUGUUACUCUUGGGAGCUGAAAACGGCAGGCUUAUGAGUUACAAGUAAAAGGGGUUUGCAAAUGAUAAUUAAAAGAAACCCUCAAACUUCAACCUCUUUAAUAAAAAACUAUCCUAUCUUGUUCUGUAAAAUAUUAGAUGCUUUGUUUUACAAAAAUGACAGGAGAAUUCUUCCACGUGUACUCUUGGGCUUAGAACAUUUUUACAAACCUAAGCACGGGGGAGAUGUCGCUGCAUGUCGGCUGGGUUUUUUUUUCAUACACCCGAGCACGGAAAAACUAACGCAGAAUUGUAUUUUCUUACCUAGUGGAGAUCCGAAAUGACUGCAAAUUCCUAGUGAAUGUACAGGUUUGCAUUUGUGUCCCUCUCCUGGAUCGCUUUAGAAGUGAUGUGUUAUUUCCCAACCCAUGUUUCAUCUGUAUAAAAGAUCAUCUGCACCGGUUUUUCUCCUGCCCCUCAGAAAAGCCAAACUUUGAGUUUUAUGUCUGUUUGUCAUUGAUAAAUUUCAAUAAAUCUUUUUAUACAAUU